AGGAUGCACUGACUGGUUGCUGUGAAUGUUUUCUUUUUCCUUUUUUUUAUGUGCCAGGCAAAAACAACCACACAGUUCUAGAUGAAAAGUGCAAAUAACCUCUUGGUGAUUUCCGACACUUAGCUUCUCACCACAUGGAUCAGGCAGCUGUGUCGGAGUGGAGCGUCGUUGGGACGUUUCGUAAGCGUCCUGUCCCGCAAGGUCCUAUAAUUGACUUAACAUCCGAUUUGAGCAAGCACACCUCCUUAAACAACGAAGACGAUACCCCGGUGCUGCUCUACGAAGCAAAAACGGACGAAAACCAACAGCCGUCGCGUGUGCCGCGCUACCUUGCACGCAAAGUUGCCAUACCUCCUCCCUCCUUUCAAAAACUGAAAGUGGUGUCCCUUGCGCUACCUCGUCCAACCGACAACGUAGCGGUGGGCGAAAACCUGCCCAAUGUGGACUGCGCUGAGCCAAUCACCACACUCUCCUGUCACAGGGACGGUGUUCGGAGGAAGUACCCCUACGCUGUUGGAACGGUGCUUCCUGCUCCGCCGCAACUCGCGUUUAUUCUCCCUGUUGCCAUCUUUCUGGCUGACAUUGCGUUGCUCGUCGUUAGUCUCACCACGCACAAACCUAGGAAUGGACUGAUUGCUGCGUGCUGUUUGCUGGUAUUAGUCCCGGAUAUCGGCGCGCUUGUCUUAUUGUUGAAGCGUGGGAUUUACUCAACUACGUUUGCCAUACACCUUCUUCUGUGGCCAAAUAUUGUGCUUCUUUUCAUUCAGCCUUUCGUUUCGUUGCUUUUCAUGAUACAUUUUAUUUUGACAGCGAUCAUGGUGAUGUACUGCCUACGAGUCCGGGCUAGCACGUACACGACCUUUUUCACCUUGCGCUGA